AUGGCUAAAAUCAAAGUAUAUUUAAUGACUGGAUCAGAAAUUGAUCUAUCUUAUAAUAAUGCAGAAACUGCUGAAGAUGUUUGUUUGAAUUUAUGUAAAAGGCUCAAUUUUCCACCAUCAUCAAAAUGCAUAUUUGGUCUACGCUUAUUUGACAAUGUGGGAAAACGAAAAGUUUGGCUAGCCCCAAGUUCCAAGAUAGACAAAAAUGAAAAAUAUGAGCUUCGAAUUAGAUUUAAGGUUUCCAGUUUAUCUCGCCUAUUCAAUAUUGAUCAAAACGUUUAUGAUUAUUUCUUUCAUCAAGCUCGAAGAGAUAUAUUGAGUAAUGAUGUUGCUGAAAUUAAUUACACAGAACAAAAAGGCGAAUUACUUGGCCUUAGUGUAACUGAUAUGUGUCGAGAAAUGAUUGAACAUAAUUUGUCAGCAGAAGAAAUAAAAAGAAAUUUUAAAAAAUACAUCCCACGUGAAAUAGUUAAAAAGAAUUUGUCAUCUUAUUAUAUUAAAAAAACUAUUCAAGAAUCUCUAGAAGUAUUAAAGAAAACAAAGUGGGAUAUUUGGUAUAUGAAGAAAGAAUAUUUAAAACAGCUAGAUAAAAUGGCACCGAACUAUUUAUCAGAAGAAUAUGUAGCUACUGCAGAUACUGGUGAAGCAGUUUUUUUAAGACUAUCUCCGUAUCAUUUGGAGUUUCCUGGACUCCAAAUUUCAUACACAUCUGGAAAAGAUUGGCAACACCUUUGUUCCAUUCAGGAUCUUUGUUUUGUUUCAAAACGAGAUGAUGGAACUGUAGAAAUUUCUAGAAAAAAUGGUAUUCCAUUAUAUCUAAAGUUUCACUCAGUUCCUACCAUGGAUUCAUUUAUAAGUCUUCUUGAUGGAUACUACAGAUUGAUGGUUAAAUGGACUUUUAAUUUAUGUAAGGAAUUAGCGACACCAUCUUUGAAAACUUUACAUUUAAGGAAAUGUCAUGGACCAGUUGGAGGUCAAUUUUCUUAUGCUAAGUUAGCAGAAAAAAGGAAUAACAGAUAUGGAAGUUAUGUAGUUAGGGAAUGUGAGCAAUAUUAUAAUACAUAUUAUAUCGAUGCUUGUUCUGAAAGUGGAAAUCCAGAAACUUUCAAAGUUGAGCUGCAAAGUGAAAAAUGGAAGCUUUAUGUAGAUCCAGAAAGUAAAUCAUACAAUAGCUUAAAGGAUUUAAUUACUGAUCACAACGAUCCAAGAAAGAGACCUUAUCUUAUUGAUUGUGUACCUCCAUCAGAAUAUGAUAGAUCACCUUUAUUGCUGUGUGAACCUAAAUUGUGUGUUGAUAGUAAAGCUGACGUUAAUGAUUUUCAAGAUUUACUAAUUUCACCUCACUGCAUUAAUCCAAGAGAUAUUCAAUACUUCAAAAAAUACUUGCGGCGGAAGAAUGUGUUUCUACCGUGCUAUGUGGAAAGCAGCACCAGGCAAAAAAAUGGAAGUUGCGAUGAAAGUUCUUAAAUCUGAACAUACUCAAGAUAAUCUUAAGGAGUUUAUUGAACUUUGUGGAAAAUGGGCAUUUGUCAAGAAUUCUGCAUUGGUGCGCCUUUACGGCGUAACAUUAUCCAGCCCAGUAUCAAUGGUUAUGGAAUAUCUUAGUUCGGGCCCUCUGGAUCAAUAUUUGCGAAAAAAUGCUUCAAGGAUACAAGAGGUUGAUAUGGUUGAAGCUGGUUCACAAUUAGCCACAGCACUAUGGAAUUUGCAUGAAAAUGGUAUAGUACACGGAAAGAUCAGGUGCAGUAAACUUAUGGUAGCAAGUUACGACAGCAAGAGCUUUGUUGUAAGGUUAUCAGAACCAGGAUUAAACAUUACUUACACAGAUGCAGAGUAAGUUUUAUAGUUAUUC